CGGGCAGCCUUUCCGCUUUGGUCUUGGCGUCACCCAUCGCUUGGUUGGCCUGUUCGCCUGUCUCUCAACCUGAACGAAGGUACCUCUUUCACGGCCUGUGCAGUAGCCUCGGAGUAUCAAGCGACAAUAUGGCAUCUAAAAAGGACAUGCGGAGGUUGGACCUCGCCAUCCCCUACAUCGACCCUCCCAAGAGCAAGGAUGAGGCCGACAUGUCUAGCGCCAUGUCCAGCACCAUGCCUAUGGCUGCGAUGUUCACCAGGAAUAGAAUGAUCGGAUGGGUCUCCUUCGUUUUCUCGCUUCAGUCCUGGCUCGGUGAGACUCCAGACCAGAAGAGAACUGCUUCGACUCCGGCCUACAUGUCCGUCUUGAUGUCCUUGAUGGCUUUGGUGGUUACCUACUUCCCCAUCUUCCUGCCUCCCCAGAAUGCGCGCGCUGCGCCGGGCGCUACUGCUUCCACCACUCCUUCCCCUUAAGCGACAACCGUUUCUGUGAUACCAUUGCCGACGAGUUUCGAUACACUAUAAUACCACGAAGUUUUUCAGUUCGCAUUAAAAAGGGAAGAGUUGAAAAGUUGGGUUUGACGGUAGUAGAACGAG